CAGGCUUCUGUACGACAUUCAUAAUACAUUACAGUUCUCCACUUACAUUACAAGCUUUUCACCAGUUCAUGUAAUCUUCCUGUCUUACUGUUUUGUCCCUGCUGCGUCUUUGCAGAACUGCGACCUGUCUGGCUGUGAUCUACAAGAAGCAAACCUGAGAGGAUCCAAUGUGAAAGGAGCCAUUUUUGAAGAGAUGCUGACCCCGCUGCACAUGUCCCAGAGUGUCAGAUAACUCGGUUACACGCCUACAAGUCCGUGAAGUGUUGGGCUUUUGACACGAAAGGAAGCAGCAUAUAAACCUUGGAAAAUGCUCAGCAGCAGCAGCAUCGGCUUCCACAAAGGACAGCAGCCAAGAACAAAUCAGAGAAGCAGCUUGCCUUAUGCACAGAAGAAUGGCUAUGCAAACCCUGGCACUGUGGUUGCUGCUUCUGGGCUCAGUGGUGCCACAGGUCUGCUGUCAGCACUGGUCAUAUGGACUGAGCCCAGGAGGGAAAAGGGAACUGGACAGCCUUUCAGACACACUGGACAAUGUAGUUGAGGGGUUUCCACAUGUGGACACACCUUGCAGUGUUUUGGGUUGUGUUGAGGAAUCGCCUUUCGCCAAAAUCUACAGAAUGAAAGGAUUUCUUGGCAGUGUGACCAACAGGGAGAAUGAACACAAAAAUUAUAAAAAAUGAUGAUUAUUUGAUUCUACAAUAAAUAAUCAUAUUGGCAUAUCUACAUUGUUUUCUGUACUACUUUUAAUGAUUAUGAUAGAAUCCAUUUUUA